GGUCAUCCCGUCCCGCCCGCGUUUCCUCCAAGAUGGCGAGCGGCGGCGGCGGCGGCGCUGGGGGGGUUUCGGUGCCUGCGCUCUGGAGCGAAGUGAACCGUUAUGGCCAGAAUGGUGACUUCACGCGCGCUCUCAAGACCGUCAACAAAAUACUGCAGGUCAACAAGGAUGAUGUAACUGCCCUACACUGUAAAGUGGUAUGCCUUAUCCAGAAUGGGAGUUUCAAGGAAGCCUUGAACAUCAUCAGUUCUCAUACCAAAGUGUUAGCCAAUAACUCUCUUUCUUUUGAGAAGGCAUACUGCGAGUAUAGGCUGAACAGAAUUGAGAAUGCCUUGAAGACAAUAGAAAGUGCCAACCAGCAGACAGACAAACUAAAGGAGCUUUAUGGACAAGUGUUAUACCGGCUAGAACGCUAUGAUGAAUGCUUAGCUGUAUAUAGAGAUCUCGUCCGAAACUCCCAAGAUGAUUAUGAUGAGGAGAGAAAAACAAACCUUUCAGCAGUUGUUGCAGCUCAAAGCAACUGGGAAAAAGUGGUUCCAGAGAACUUGGGCCUCCAAGAAGGCACACAUGAACUCUGCUACAAUGCUGCAUGUGCACUGAUAGGACAAGGCCAACUGAGUCAGGCAAUGAAAAUCCUACAAAAAGCUGAAGAUCUUUGCCGCCGUUCAUUAUCAGAAGAUUCUGAUGGGACUGAGGAAGACCCACAGGCAGAACUGGCCAUCAUUCACGGGCAGAUGGCCUAUAUUCUGCAGCUUCAGGGUCGUACAGAGGAGGCUCUGCAACUUUACAAUCAGAUAAUAAAACUAAAGCCAACAGAUGUGGGAUUGCUAGCUGUGAUUGCAAAUAACAUCAUUACCAUUAACAAGGUAGGAAAUAUGCAUGCCUAUCCCUACACUUAUAUUUUAAAAAUUCAGCUUCUUUGUACCUCUGCCCAGGCAGAACAAUGCCGAAAAAUAUCUUCCAGUUUACAGUCCCAAAGCCCUGAGCGUCUCCUGCCUGUGUUAAUCCAAGCUGCACAGUUCUGUCGUGAAAAGCAGCACGUAAAAGCUAUAGAGCUGCUUCAGGAAUUUUCAGAUCAGCAUCCAGAAAAUGCAGCCGAAAUUAAGCUGACCAUGGCACAACUGAAAAUUUCCCAAGGUAAUAUUUCCAAAGCAUGUCUAAUCUUGAGAAGCAUAGAGGAAUUAAAGCAUAAACCAGGCAUGGUAUCUGCAUUAGUAACUAUGUACAGCCAUGAGGAAGAUAUUGAUAGCGCCAUUGAGGUCUUCACACAAGCUAUCCAGUGGUAUCAAAAACAUCAGCCCAAAUCUCCUGCUCAUUUGUCCUUGAUAAGAGAAGCUGCAAAUUUCAAACUCAAAUAUGGGCGGAAGAAGGAAGCAAUUAGUGACCUAGAACAGCUAUGGAAACAAAAUCCAAAAGAUAUUCAUACCCUGGCGCAGCUUAUUUCUGCUUACUCACUUGUAGAUCCUGAGAAAGCAAAAGCUCUUAGUAAACACUUGCCCUCGUCAGAUAGUAUGUCUCUGAAAGUAGAUGUUGAGGCUCUUGAAAAUUCUGCAGGUGCUAUGUAUGUUCGGAAGAAGGGUGGAAAAGUUGCUGGAGAGAGUCAACCAAAGGAGCAAGGACAGGGAGAUUUGAAAAAGAAGAAGAAAAAAAAGAAGGGAAAACUGCCUAAGAAUUAUGACCCAAAAGUGACUCCAGAUCCAGAAAGAUGGCUACCAAUGCGGGAACGGUCUUACUACCGGGGAAGAAAGAAGGGUAAGAAGAAGGAUCAGAUUGGAAAGGGGACCCAGGGAGCAACUGCAGGAGCUUCAUCUGAACUGGAUGCCAGUAAAACUGUGAGCAGCCCACCCACCUCCCCAAGACCUGGCAGUGCAGCAACAGCAUCUGCAUCUACAAGUAAUAUCAUACCCCCAAGACACCAGAAACCUGCAGGGGCUCCCGCAACAAAAAAGAAACAGCAACAGAAAAAGAAGAAAGGUGGAAAAGGCGGCUGGUGAUUAGAACAUUCUUGUUGCAGACUAUUUUUCAGCUAGUCUUAGGGACACUAGGAAUAUAAUAAAGAACACAGCAAGAAGCACAGAGCUGCUCCCUCUCCCAUCCCCACAUUUUCACCAGAUUAUUUUCUUGUGCAUCAAAAAAGAAAACGUCUUCCUCAAACUCUGCCUAGUCAGACUUAGCCUGCUUGUACCACCUAGCUUUGCACAGAAGACGAGAACUCAGAAUAAUUGGGAUUUACCCACCUUGAUAUCUGUUUCUUUGUGUGCUGAUCUGGAGGUGUUUGUUUUCAGUUUCACAAACAAGGCAUGUUAUCUAAGGUUUCCUAGGUUAUAAACAGAAGUUACUUCUGCUGUUUUAACUAGAGUCUAAAGACAGUUGUUCUUAUCUAGUCCCACUUUAAAUUAUGUCUUAGAAGGUCUUGGGAGACUGAAAGUGGAAUCUUCUGAGCAUUCCAAAUAUCUACUUAGAAAUAUCAUGUGAUAAAAAGGGACCUUAUUAGUACACUGGUGUUCUUCACUUAGUUACAUGAGUGGCCACAGGAAAACCAAAUGUCUUGAUUAAUUUUUGCCAUAAAUUCUGUUAUGUGAUAUUGGAAUAUGGGAUAUUAUAUAUAUACAUAUAUAGUAAUAAAAAGUAUGUAUGUGUGUAUGCAUAUAUAUACAUGUAUAUAAAUUAGGACUCCUUUUGCCCCCGUAUCAGUUUCAGAUUAUGAUAACAUGGUGCUUAUUUAGCACUAUAAAGAACUCAAAGAAAACCAAUGUUGUAAGAAGCUGACCCUUAGCAGUGUUCUUAGGUCAAAUGGGUUUGGAUGGUCUCAGUCAGAUUUAAUGUCCCCUAUCAAGAGCAUGAACACUGACUUCCUGUGUAGAGAAGAAAUCAGUAGCAGAGGUCAGUAGCAGGCAGUAUUAAAACUCAACAGUACUGUGUGGCCCAAUUAAUAAAUACUCAGAUGGCUCCUCUUUCUAGUUAGGGCAGUGACUACACAUUACCCUUCCCAGAGUGAGGGAAUGUUGUACAGUCAGGACUGCGUUGUCGGUGUCGCUCUGGUCUUUCCUUGCUUAUAAGCCACUUUCCCAUUGAACAGCUGUGAGACAGAUGCCCACUCUGCCUAGUAUUCAUUUCAUGUACCCCAGAUAGCAUUGAAUUUAGAUUUAAGACUUAUUUCCUUGUGAUCGUAUUACUCCAUCCUUGUUAAUAAAGUGCUGCUGUGUUUGACUCCGAACAUAAUGAAACAUACUGAGACAUCUUCGAAGAGUUUUUUAAAAGGCUUUCCUCCUUUACAAGAGUAAGAAAUGUGGUGCUGCCUUUCUGUUUAACAUAAUCAGAGUUUGCAGUGGUAUCUAAACAAGAGACGGGCUUACAUAUGAAUGGUUUAUUAUGGCAUAAUACUUUUUGAGCUCUCAGAGAAUAGUCUUUUGGUAAGAGUGACAGAUAUUCAUUCCUUCUAAAUAUAUACCCCAUUACAAGAAUAAUUGUUAGUAAAUUUGUUAUUUAGGAUUCCAUUAAAUUUCUGUGGUGAAGGAUAAUCACUUUUUGGUUUAACUAAGCUACCGAAUUUUGGUGAAAAUUAUCAUUAAAAUUUUGACACAAAAUACAAAGUGAAAUAUAUGGUUUUCUAGCCAGUCAUUGCUAUUACCAGUCAUUACUAAGCAACUGAAACCUCAGUUCAAAGAAGUUAUUGUCAAAUUAAGUGUAAACAUCUACAUUAACUUUCUGGUAAUUAUUUCUCUUUUUGGACAGCUCUUUAACCAGUGACAUAUACACUUUGUAUAUAUGUGUGUGUCUACAUUUAUAAAAACCAAUAUGGAUACAUCCAUUCACUGGCACAUUUUAAAAUAAAAUAUUCUAGCAGUGAGUA